UAGCAAAGAAUUGGCGGUGUAUCCCCACGACCACGCAAAAGCAACCUAUGAUACCAAACCCAUAUUUGGUAGCUAAGAAGAAAUGCGUGGUUGGUUCUCCUCCGGCCUGGAACACGAAGAAGAGGGUCAGAUUAGUCAUUUCCAUACUAAUUAAACCACAAUUAAUAUUCUAAUCCAGAUUAGGGACCUUAAUUAAAUAUACCUCUAUGGCCUACAUUUUAAUGCCUGUAUCCAUCAUAAACUCAAUCUCAAUCUCCCGCUUCGAAAACCCAAUUCUGUCCUUCCCUCCUUCCUCUAAGAUACGCCGGAAACCGCCCCCUCCCCUCUCCGGAGCCUUCAAGCGGAGCCCACAGUCGCCACCGGUCACGCCGUCCCCUUGUCGGGACCCACCGAAAGACGACAUGUCUGUCGCCGUUCCCAUGGGUGACGAGUCUUUGCCCAAUUCUCGGAGUAGUAAUGACAUGGAAGGAAUGGUCUCGUCGUAUAGUGGUAAAACUGCGGUUCAUAAGAAGAAAUAUUCCCCAAGCAACAUCAAAAUUUUUGGUGUGGAUCUAUCUCCAGAUAAUGUGGCUGUCGCCAUGGUUUAUUUUGUUCAAGGGGUUUUAGGGCUAGCAAGGCUUGCUGUCAGUUUUUACUUAAAGGAUGACCUACACCUAGAUCCUGCAGAGACAGCUGUAGUAUCUGGCUUCUCUGCCUUUCCAUGGCUUGUCAAACCCUUAUAUGGGUUUAUCAGUGAUUCUGUUCCUCUAUUUGGUUAUCGGCGAAGAUCAUACUUGAUUUUAUCAGGACUGCUCGGUGCACUUUCAUGGACUUUAAUGGCCACACUAGUCGAUAGCAAGUAUGGUGCUGCUUUCUGUAUACUCCUUGGAUCUCUUUCUGUAGCAUUCUCAGAUGUUGUCGUAGAUUCCAUGGUAGUUGAGAGGGCUCGUGGUGAAUCACAAAGUAUGUCAGGAUCUCUUCAGUCCUUAUGCUGGGGGUCUUCGGCUUUUGGUGGAAUAGUGAGUUCCUACUUCAGUGGUUCGCUGGUGGAUGCAUAUGGUGUAAGGUUUGUUUUUGGAGUCACAGCUUUGUUGCCAUUGAUAACAUCUGUGGUGGCAGUUCUUGUAAAAGAGCAACCUGUGAGAGGGAUAAAUCGUCCUUCAGCUAACUAUGAUUUUCUUCGGAGCUCAAGACAGCACGUUGUUGAAUUGUGGGGUGCUGUUAGUCAACGAAAUGUCCUUCUUCCAACUUUAUUUAUUUUCUUGUGGCAGGCAACACCACAAUCAGAUUCUGCCAUGUUUUUCUUUACAACAAAUAAACUUGGAUUCACACCUGAAUUUCUAGGGCGUGUCAAGCUUGUUACAUCCAUAGCGUCACUUCUCGGGGUUGGGCUUUAUAAUGGAUUUCUCAAGAAAGUUCCUCUGAGGAAAAUUUUUCUAGUAACCACCAUUUUUGGUUGUGCACUUGGAAUGAGUCAGGUUCUUCUUGUGACGGGGUUAAAUCGUGAGUGGGGUAUAAGCGACGAGUGGUUUGCGAUUGGGGAUUCUUUGAUUAUAACAGUACUUGGUCAGGCAUCUUUCAUGCCUGUUCUUGUGCUAGCAGCAAAGUUAUGUCCAGAAGGAAUGGAAGCUACACUUUUUGCAACCCUCAUGUCCAUAUCAAACGGAGGGAGUGUCCUUGGCGGCCUGAUUGGUGCCGGUUUGACCCAAAUGUUUGGUGUCACCAAAGACUCAUUCGAUAACCUGUCCACCUUGAUAAUCCUUUGCAACCUGAGCUCACUGUUGCCUUUGCCACUGCUCCGUCUCCUUCCCCAGGAAACUCCAGACUCAAACUCCGACACCAUAGAUGUGGAGUUGAAGUCUAACUGAAACUUGUUAGGUACUUCCAAUUUAAAGCAUUAGCAAAAUUCAUGUUCGAGGGAAGAUUGGUGAUGGACUGUAAAUGAUUAUUAGGAUUUAGGAAGUGAAAAGGUCUUGAACUACAGAUAUCUUAGGAAUUGAAGAAGAUGAAACAGAGACCACUGAAUGGAGGCCCACCCUUAAUCCAUAAUGGUGCCAAUCAUGUGGCGAGCUGACUGUGUUUUCCACGUGGGUGGGGCCUUACUAACUUCCUCACUUAUCCAAUCUAUGCCCCCAGUUUUGGGAUGGAAGUUUGAUUGAUAUAUGAAAAAGAAAAAUGAUAAGAAUAAUUGAGGUAGGGCAGACCACCCGCCACACGCAUGUCAUUGCUCUUUCGCUCA